AUGAUAUGGAGGGGAUUGGAACACCUGAAUCACAUGAUACGGAGGGGAUUGGAACACCUGAAUCACAUGAUUGGGAGGGGAUUGGAAUACCUGAAUCACAUGAUAUGGAGGGGAUUGGAACACCUGAAUCACAUGAUAUGGAGGGGAUUGGAACACCUGAAUCACAUGAUAUGGAGGGGAUUGGAACACCUGAAUCACAUGAUACGGAGGGGGAUUGGAACACCUGAAUCACAUGAUAUGGAGGGGAUUGGAACACCUGAAUCACAUGAUAUGGAAGGGAUGGGAACACCCGAAUCACAUGAUAUGGAGGGGAUUGGAAUACCUGAAUCACAUGAUAUGGAGGGGAUUGGAACACCUGAAUCACAUGAUAUGGAGGGGAUUGGAACACCUGAAUCACAUGAUAUGGAGGGGAUUGGAACACCUGAAUCACGAUUGGGAGGGGGCGGGGACAAC